UUCAAAAUGGCGGAUGAGAUAGAAGCUUUGCGGCGAGAGAUUGAACGAAAAUCUUUGGAACUCGAAUCCUUGAAAAAUUUGUUUGCACUCAAGGAAAAAGAGUACAAGGCUUCAAACUCGCGUUCAGCUGCGUCAAAUUCUCCAAAUGUUGUAAAACCAGAGAAAAAAGAAAGGCUUACAAAAGAUGAAAUUUUACGCUACAGCAGACAGCUUAUCUUGUCCGAGAUUGGCGUGAAAGGACAGAUGAAGCUAUGUAAUGCUUCAGUGCUGGUAGUCGGAGCUGGAGGUCUUGGAUGCCCUGUGGCACAAUAUUUAGCUGCUGCUGGAGUAGGAUGCAUAGGUAUUGUGGACUAUGAUACAGUUGAGAUAAGCAAUCUGCACAGACAAGUACUUCAUACAGAGAGUAGAGUAAAUACCUCAAAGGCAGAGUCAAUAAAGAUACAAAUUCAGCAGUUAAACUCCUCUGUCUCUUGCAUUCCAUACUCCACACAGCUUUCAAGUGGCAAUGCGUUAGAGAUAAUUCAGAAAUAUGAUGUUGUGUUAGAUGCAACAGACAAUGUGGCCACAAGAUACCUCUUGAAUGAUGCAUGUAUCCUGGCUGGUAAACCAUUAGUCUCUGGAAGUGCUCUAAGGUUUGAGGGACAGCUGACAGUUUAUAACCAUGAUGGAGGUCCAUGUUACCGCUGCCUAUUUCCCAAACCUCCUCCACCAGAAUCAGUUGGAAAUUGUUCAGAUAAUGGAGUUCUGGGACCAGUACCAGGAGUUAUUGGAACAUUACAAGCCUUAGAGGCAAUAAAGAUAAUUGUUGGAAUUAAAUCCUCCUAUUCUCAGAAGAUGUUGAUUUAUGAUGCUCUGGAGGGCAGAUUUCUAACAAUAAAAUUACGUCCCAGGCAGUCAAACUGUGCCAUUUGUGGAGACAAUCCAUCAAUUAUAAAGUUAAUGGAUUAUGAACUUUUUUGUGGAGCUUCAGCAACAGAUAAGACCCCUUCUUUGGAAAUUCUGCAGAAACAACAAAGAAUUUCUGUGCAGGAAUAUAAGCGGUUUAUUGACGAGUGCAGCCCUCAUAUUCUUCUGGACGUAAGGGAACCUGUGGAGUUAGAAAUUUGUUCACUUCCAGUGGAGUCGCUUAAUAUUCCCUUGAGAGUUCUCCAUUCCCCUGACCAACAAGAUGUGCUAAUGCAAGCGAUAUUGAACCUGGCUGACAACGAGAAAAAACUAUCUACGGUAAAUGUUUAUGUACUUUGCAAACAAGGCAAUGAUUCACAAAAAGCUGUCAAGUUAUUAAGAGAAACUAUGUUAGACGGAAACACGAAUAAACUGUUGCGCAGUGAAGAUGACUUUCUUCAGUAUGAAAACAAGCAAGCGGUUCCAUACACAAGCACGCAAGUGGAUGUUGUGUUUAAAGACAUUGCUGGCGGACUAUAUGCAUGGGCUAAGCAUAUAGAUGACAACUUUCCAGUGUACUAAUAAGACAAAGUAGUGUCGACUAUCGAGGACAGCUGGUGAAAAUCCCAGAUGACAUUUUAGUUAAUGAUGCUUAGGUUGUUAGUUUGCCAUCAGGCCUCCAUGAUUAAUGAGGACCCCCCACACUUUUCAUGUGAAGCGUGAUUGAUUUGAUUCUUGAAUUGUAAUUAAAGAUUAUAAGAUCUCUUCAUGUCAA